AAGGUCCAGAAAUAGGCUUUAAAAAGUAUUUUCCAUAUUAAUUGCUGUCCACAAACCAGCUACAUCGUUAUAUUUCGACACUGGGGCUCGCGACUCUUUAUGGGCAUAUGACGUUUCCAUACAGUCUGUCUCUCGCGUGUGUGGGUGUGUGUGUUUGUGUGUGUGUGUGAGCGCGUAUUGUGCGCGCGCGCCUCCCUGACGCUCCACAGCCCCGUGGAGCUGUUGUUUCCACAGAGCAGGAGGACAAUCAGACGGACUGCUGGAUUACAGCGACCGAAGAGAAAGUGCUGUUAAAAGAAGUCCCUUUUUUGGCUUCAGUCGCUCCUAAUAUUUUUUGGAAUCGUCGCACUUUGGGGAGAUAAUUGUACAGUUUCAGCGGCGGCGCACAGACCGGUAUGGAUUUACCAAAGACUAGACGAGACACGCCGUCUAGUCCUCCACCAAAGUUUUGAUUGUCAUCGCUGCCUCUCGACCCCGGAGCGCAGGAAAGCACUGAACUUUGACGCAGCGUUUGUUGAAAGUGGUGACCACAUGUGAGGACAUUUGGAGACAAAUAAUUUGUCGGAGCGUCUUUUCGCUGCUCUCUACCACAUCUCUCAUGGGGUGACCCACAUAGAGCUCCCUAGACGUGACUGUGGACAGGCAGUCUCCCUCCCAGCCUGGGCCCUCUUCCUGUCCUUUCCAUAAAGGCAAUGAUUAACGGUUUAGACGCUCUGCACAACUCCACUGUGUGAAUGAAUCUUUGCCGUAAAGCCGCUGUGCUCUGCCACCCUGUCACCAUGAAGAGCAAGUAUUCCCAGUACUACAAUCAGAGCCUGAUCCACUCCUACUAUGCGUACGCGAAGAAUAUGACCACCCAGGAGCUUGCUAAACGAAUCGAGAACAAAAAGCAGCUCACGACCCUCAACAUUGUCAUCGUGGUCCUCUGCACCAUCAUCAUCCUGGAGAACCUGCUGGUUCUCAUCGCCGUCUGCCGCAACAAGAAGUUCCACUCUGCCAUGUUCUUCUUCAUCGGCAACCUGGCAUUCUCUGACCUGCUGGCGGGCUCGGCCUACAUAGCCAACAUUUUCCUAUCAGGAUCAAGGACCUUUGACCUGAAGCCUGUGCAGUGGUUCAUCCGGGAGGGUACAGCAUUUAUCGCUCUGGCAGCUUCAGUCUUCAGCUUGUUGGCGAUAGCUAUAGAGCGCUACAUUGCUAUCACCAAGGUCAAGGUGUACGGCUCCACGAAAACGUGCCGCAUGUUCCUCCUGAUUGGAGCUUGUUGGGUCACCUCCAUCCUGCUCGGAGGACUUCCAAUCAUCGGCUGGAACUGCAUCAACGACCUCCCUGAGUGCUCAGCUGUAUUGCCGCUCUACUCUAAAAAAUACAUCCUCUUUGUUGUGACCAUUUUCAGCCUCAUACUACUCUCUAUUGUCAUCCUCUACGUGAGGAUCUAUUUGAUUGUACGCUCCAGCCAUCAGGAAGCGACCAACUCACCAGCCUAUGCCCUUUUGAAAACUGUCACCAUAGUGCUGGGUGUCUUCAUCAUGUGCUGGCUGCCCGCUUUUACCAUCCUCCUCCUAGAUUCAUCCUGCAGGAUACAAUUCUGCCCUAUCCUCUCCAAAGCAGACAUCUUUUUUGGCUUUGCCACUCUGAACUCAGCACUUAACCCAGUGAUCUACACACUGCGCAGCAAGGACAUGAGAAAGGAGUUCCUGCGUGUGUUGUGCUGCUGGGGGGUGCUGCAAAGCGGGCGGCCAUCUGACCGUUGCCUGGUCCCUCUAAAGAGCUCCAGCUCUCUGGAACACUGCACCCACAAACAUGAACACCAGACCACGCCAAUCAUGCAAGAUUGUACCACCUGUGUUUGAUAUGGUGCAAAAACAUCAGUGUACUUGAUGUGUGUGUGCGUGUGUGUGUGUGUAUGAGUGUGUGUGUGUGAGAGUGAGAGAAAGCAUGUGUGUGUAUUUGAGAUCAAGAAAAGAGGCUGUGAUUUGAUGGGGAGAUGUCAAAAAAGAAGCGAGCACACCCUGGACUGAGAUGCCCGGCAAGGCCACAAUGCAGACUUUUUGUUAUUACAAUCAAAGUUGUGUGAAUUCACAAUCAACAUUCAAUCGAUUCACCCACACAGCAGGUGUGAAAACACAAUAUUUCAAGAGGGGGACCAAUUUAGAAAUGUGAAAAUAGCUUUUUCAUGGGUACUCUCGUUAAUUAAUAUGGAGUUGCAAACCAUUCAUGUGUAUGCCUGUCAUCUUGUUUUUGUUUUUCUUCCUAAACAUGUAAACCCCCUAUUAAGAGCCAAAAAUAGACACAUAACAUGCAUGGUAUCAUAGUUAUGGUGAGUUGUUUUGGUCCUGUCGAGAACUGAAUCAAUGCAAAGCUUGCAAAGUCGCACUUUGUAGAUUACUUCAGAGAUUGUUGUCCUUCGUAAGGUUUAACCACGUUAUUCUACUUUACUGAUUUAUGUAUACAUCAGGCCCACAGAUCCUUUAUUCAUUCUUUACAAGGCUGGAGACAGUGAUCACCUUCACUCAGCACUGUACUCCAGCGCAGCCAAAACACCGCGAGUGCUCCCUCAACUAAACCAGGGCUACAUAUUCCCUAUAUAACCUUGCUUAAACCAUUUGAUUAACCACAACAAACUUACAUAAUCUGCUUACAUUUAAUGCAUGAAAUCCUAACUUAUUUGUAAGUGUUAAUGUAUGUAUGAUAUAUUCCAGCUCCAGCUUCCAUCACUAACAUCCCUUCCCUCAUUCGUCCUCAUAAUCUGUCCCUCUUGCUUUUACUGUUGUCUUUUGUAUCUUAACAGUUUCCUUCGAGGAAGGCCUAAUCAGAACGCACAUUUCCUGAAGUGAGUUGGCACUGAUGAGUUGUGCCCCGUGACAGCUGUCCAGCAGCUUUGACUAAUGAGGCCGAUGUCCUGACAGUGUUGCAGCAACUUAGCAGCAAUGUGCUGGCUCUGUUUACGCCUUUCUCUUGGGGAAUUAGGCUGAAUGUAUGUAUGAAGUGUUUGGGGCUAGUGCUCCAUUGUUGACAGUAUUAUUGAUCAUCAAUUUGAAUUACCAAGUCAUUGACGAGCAGAGAGUGGGAUGAACAGGGUAAGUCACUCUCACUGUGAAGUCUUAAAUAGCAACGUGAACAAAAAAAGUUGUCGUGAACAUCCUGGUUUGAUUUGUUAGCCAUAUGCCUUGUGCAGCUAAAGAUGUAAACAUGUCUCAUCUUUCCAAAGACCCCUCACCUCCCUUACAGAACAGGAGAGGAUGCGGUUUAUAAAUGCACAGAGGGGGGGAUGUGCCCCCCUGGGAGGUCACCUUCAUCCUCGUUCUCUGACAUCCUACAACAUGUAACUUCCUUAAGCAGCAGGAAGUCCUGUUUUUCAUUGUCCGGUUCCUGUUGUUCAGGGUUACACUAACCUUCUUCCUGUAGACACACAUUCAAAACUCUUCUCUCCCUCAGUGUUUUUUUUUUAUAUUGACUUUUACAUUUAGAUGACCAAGUAGAAAUGGUGAAAAGCACUUUGGCAGCUUCAGUGAUGUUUGCUUUCCCACAUUUUU